GAUUAUGCAAAUAUAUAUUUGCAUCAUUGCAUACAAGCUUAUCAAUGAAACGUUCAUCAGUAGUGUGCAUAAAUCGUUCCAGCACCUCGAUAUACGGUUAUUUAUAAUAUACAGUUUAGGGACUCAUUUGCGACCGACGCAUGCUUUAGGCGAAUGUUUAUUCAAACUUAUUAUUUUUUCAAUCUUGAUUUCAAUGAUUCAUCGGCGGAAGUCAUAAGUGGAGACUCUACGUUCAGUUAGUAACCGUGUGUUUCUUUUCACAUACUCUAGAAAAAAACGUUGUUUAUCCAAGUAUUUGUUGCAGCUUUCUUAAGGAAAUGUGUACAGAGUAUAAUUAGUGAUGGAAAACAGAAGACGCCGGGGGAAUAGUGGAGAGUAAAAAGUAUCGGAAAUGGUGUAGUACCGGGACGGAACCGGGCAAUAACGCAUGUAAUGGAAUGUAAUGGCUUGCUUUAGUGGCGAUGGACCUUUUGAGUGAUGAGAUUUUACGAUGAUUAAAUCAUCAUCUUCGUUAAUAGAAUCGAAGGGAUUCGAAAGUGAAACAUGAGCAGAUCGUAAUGAUCUUUUCUAUUUUCCCAUUUAUGCGAUAUGCUUCAAGCGAAUGGAAUAAAUAAACCUUCAAAUGGAUUAACUUCACACUAGAACGUAUAAGACGCUCACAUUUAAAAAAGUGAAACUGAUAAUAAAAUAUUUUUCAAAUUAAUUUUAUUUCUCGAGAAAGUUCGAAGUUGUCGUUGCUAAGACGACGGGAGUGCCGCACUGGAAUGGCGGUAAAGUACCGGCUGGAUAUUGCAGCCUUCAGCUGCGUGCUGGCGGCAGCGCUGCUGUUGUGCCAGGUUGCCUGUCAGUGCUCGGAGGCUCACAGACAGGCGUGUUCUCGGCCCUAUCUACAGAUGCAGGCCCUUUACGCCCAACCGGCUCUCGGCAGAUAUGUGCCAGAUCUCAAUCAGACCACUCUGCAGACAGUGUGCAGGUCGUACCAGGAUUACCGCAAUUGCACUGAGCCGUUUUUGACGUCAUGUAACAACCGGACACGGGAAGAAAUCCAAACAUUCGACGUCUCCCUUGGCCUUAUAUGUACUGAUCUUUUCAACGACUACCUCCAGCACCGCGCCUGCUUUCAUCGGCUCCAAGGCUCGCACGUUGCCUGCCGGAACAAGCAGGUGGCCGCCAUUAAGGACAUCGAUGUCCGACUUCCGGCUUACAAGCUCCUUUUCUGCAGCGCUGCACGAGACUACGUUCUCUGUGUGUAUACGGCUACUGCUUUAGGAUGCUCCAUGUCCGCCGCAGACACAUACUUCCGGUUGCUCAAUUCAUCCAUAUCGCACGUGUUUCGGACGUACAGCUACCCGUGCUCAGUGCGCCACCCUAUGGACGUUAUCUCCAUCUUCACAUCGACCAGACCUACAACUGGUGCUGAGACCGUCAAGGCCUUUACUAGCAGUGACAGUCCGAUACACUCGAAGGAAGUGUCAGCAGCAUCAUCUGUAACGCCGCCUGAUGUAUAUAUGUGUUAUUUUUUAUCUAUGAUGUUCUUAUGGACAUUAUUUAAUAAAGAAGAUAUCAUUUCAAAGAUAAAUAUAUUAUAAACGGAACACUAUACUGUGAAAAUGUGAAAAUACGGUGUUGAAAAAGAAUAAAUCUAUUAUAAUACAAGAUUUUGAAUCAUACUAUGAUUUUAUGUGGUAACAGGAAUUAAGUCUGACGUUGAAUGCUUGAAUUUGCUCGACCUACAUCACAAUAUUAUAAAUAAUUGAUGUUCUAUGUUCACUAUAAUAUUUAUCAUAUUUUUGUUACAUCAUUGAAAAAUAAACAAGUAUGAAAAAUGAAAUAA